GACGGACUCAUUAAACAUUUAAACUUAUUGGACAGCGGAAGUGUCGGGAAAGGUGUCCUGUCCUGGUGAAACGUUAGAAAGUGGAACUUCUCAGAACCCAUCUUGAAGUGUAGUGAAGUUUUCUCGGAAAAUUCAAGAAAAAUGUCGCGUAAUCAAUUGCCAGAUUCGUCUUCAUCACCGCCAAUAAGCCACAUGCCGUUCCACAACUUUGAUGAUGAUCUGAUCAAUGAUCUACCCUCCUGCAUCUAUGCGGGCCAGCAUCAGGGUGGCAACCAUGGGGGUGGCGGAGGUGCCGGCGGGUCAGGUGGCGGCGGCAGCUCUGGACUGCGCCUCAACUCGAAUAAUCUGCGGCACAUCCAGCAGCAUUAUAUGCAACACGGAGGAGAGAACCUCUUGGACUCGUCGACCAAUCCCAUGGGUGUGCACCAGUCGAAUAGUGCCACGCCCUUGAUGUGCAAUAGUCCCAGUGCCAGCAGCAGUGGUGGCGGCCCUGGAGGAUCUGGAGCCCCGGGAGGAACAGGCGGAGGGGGAGGAGGAGGCGGCUCCAAUCCCAACUACGGCUCGGUGGGUGCCACAGCCGCCUCCAGCUACAAAAUGCAGCGACAGGCGGCCAAUGUGCGAGAAAGGAAACGCAUCCAGAGGUCCGCACCAACUGGGUACACCAAAUGUAGCAUCAAUUCGGCCUUCGAUGAGCUGAGGGUCCAUGUGCCCACAUUUCCGUACGAGAAGCGAUUGAGCAAGAUCGAUACGCUCAGGCUGGCCAUUGCCUACAUAUCCCUGCUGCGGGAGGUGCUGCAGACCGACUAUGAUCCACUGACCUAUGUGGAGAAGUGUCUGCGGGGAGAGAUCAAGGCGGAUCGGGCCAACUGGAAUACAAGUGAUCUCACUGCCCGUCUUUCGUGGAUCAAUUGGGAGAACCUGGGCGUCCAUCCUGGACGGCGUACCCUGCUCACCUCGCUGGCUCUGUCCUCGGAGCCCAUGUGUGGUGCUCACUGCGGCAUGCCAUGAAUGGGAUGGUGUCCAGAUUAGCCAAGCUAACUCUGGAAUCGAUUGCUAAAAGCAUUAACUCCAAGUUCGUCCCCCCCAAAAGUCUUCCCUCUUAUGAUUUAGUUAAAGACUGGCUAGGAUUUCUACAGUUACUAACAAUAAGCAAUAGUAAUAUGUUUUUAUUUUGAAAAGCAUCCAAAGACACAAGACCCCACAAAACCAUCGAAGCACCUUUCUCCCCACCAAGGUGGGAGAGGGGGGAGUAGUUGUUGGGUUCGAUGGCGGCUGCUGCUGCUGCAGGUUUUAUCAAUUACAAAUCAAUUCCUCAAAUCAUAUUUCAGGAUAUAUAUGUAGUAUCAGAUCAGUUGUAAAUAGUGAGUAUUCUACGAAAACGAAGACCGUGCACAUACGGGCCCCCGAUUCGUGGCUAACAGACAUACACAUACACAUAUACAUAUACAGUUAGGCAACUAUGUAACAACUUUAAAAGCAUUUUAUAUAAAAGUUCACACACUACACACGUGCGGUGUGGCGUGUUGUGUGUUAAUCUAGACGUAGGCAUAGAUAUAGACAUAUACAUAUUAUAUAUAGCUCUCCUCCUAACCAUCGUACAUAUACUCGUACUCAAAAAUAAAUACUCUUUUGAUCAACAGACACAAAGAACUAAGAACACAAAAUGUUGUCGUAUGUUGGAUAAGCUGAUGGAUGGAUUGAUUGUUGUGUGAAAUGCGCGUUUGUGAAUUUGGUAAUACAUGCUAUAACUUGGUGUACACAUAUAUGCGGAAGAUAUCAUCUAGACUCUAGAGACUUUGUUUUUUGGCUACUACUCCUACUGCUGGCGUUUUUCGUUCCGAUUUGGUAACAUGGGUUUUUUGUUUUUUGUUUUGAUUUGAUUUCGUUGGCUAAUACUCGAAUCG